AUGAAGAAUCUAUUGUUCAAUUUAGCUUUUGCUUGCUUUAUUUCUGCCUGCUUCUCGUCUGAACGCCAAGGAUAUCCUGGAAUUCGCUUCAGAGUGACUAGUAAAGGGCUUCAAUACGGUAAGAAUUGAAAGAAUAAAUUUCUACAUGCGAUAACGGGAAAAAGUAGCACAAAAUGGAACGACUCUAGCUAAUUCAAAGGAUUCCUUACGUUCUGUCCAUCAAAAACUCGUUUCUCGGAUCCGUCUGCGGAGUGGGACUGGUGAAUGAUUGUCAUUCAUAUAUAUGUAUAAAAAGUAUAUCAUUUAUUAUAUAUAUGGUGAGUUAGACAAAUCUUUGAAUUCCAUUAUGAUCGAUGAAAUAUGUUGCCACUUUUGAUAUUGUUGCAUCUCUGUUAUGUCGAGCACCCCCGUGGAUCUCACACGUAUUGAAAUAAUAGUCCUUAUUCUAUGACGGGCUUGACUAAAACAGCGGAAAAAUCCUUAAUACAAGAUCACUAUCAUUAGCUCGAAUUUUUAAAUACAAUGAAUUUAAAGCGUUUGAAACCUUUGUCUUUGAUAGUUUCAAAACCACUUAUAAUAUAGUCAGUGUGUAUAGCUUGUCAAUCAAUUGUAAAACAUUUCCUCUUAGUAACAAAUUGAGUGGCAGGGAUGGCUGGAUGUUCCUUUUUGUCUAUUACACGGUUUCGCUUUGCUGCGAGCUGCUUCGUCGUGCUUAAAAGAAUCACUUCCUAGGCAUCUAGAACGGGUAGAAAGCCGAUAAUUCGAGGCUGUAAAAAAGGGGUACAGGCUUGAAAGCCCUCACCACCCCAAGUUUAGUCAAGGCAAAGUUACAGCUAACACGCCCACCCUUUUAAAUUAAAGAAGACAUCAUGGUUGAGUGGUUCGUACUGACAGAGGAUCAAAACGCGCAAAAUACAGAGCCUGCUUUGAACACCUCAUGCAGUUAACGUUUACAGUAAAGUUUUCUAAGAAUAAUAUGGACCCAAUGCGAUAUACCCAAUUUCUAAGCUGUGAUACACCUCAAAGCGAAAAAGCUCACUGAAAGCUUACCUAUGAAACAUGCUGUGUUAUUUUUUCUAAUAUUUCGGGCCCUGAAAAUUUUACCGUAGAUAAAUAUAGACGGUUUGUUGAAAAUCUUUAUUAGGUUUCUACGUUUUCCUCCACGUAUGUGGAAGCAUAGUAGUGCUAUUAAAUAGGAUUGCCUUCGCAUUUUGGAGAGGAGCCAGCCAUAUUGGCAAAAAGAAUUAAACUUGGGUGACCGUAAAUCCUAGUUUCCCACGCUGCCGGGGUUAACAGGUAAGGCCAAUAACAGCGGGUCUUGGCAGCAGCUACCCUGCGGUUUAUAGAAAACAAUAACUUUUCUAAACAGCAAGAUAGCUUUUACAUUGUGCCGUGGUUUACUAAUUUAAAAGCGGGUGAUUUGAUCAAUUUCUUUCUUCAUUCAUUGCCUGUCUUCAGACACUUCAAAUAGUAAUCUUUUAAUGGAUUUCGAAAAUCUUUGCGUCGAUCAAGAAGUGGUAUUAAAGAUAAUCACGUUUAGAAAUGCGUGUCACAAUGCUAAACAGAGAAGGAGAAAAAUCAAGGUAAAAGUGAAAAGGAUCCUAAUUAAGGAAUUUUCUGAUGAUUUCUUGUAGUUUGACACUGGGCGUCUAAAGACGACAUCAGACAAACAUUAACAAGUUUAAAAAGUCAAAUUCCUUAUUCCUUACAGUUUCUAAUGUUAGGAACUUUUAGCUCUACGGCUGUAUGAUGAAAGAUGUGACAAAUCUUUGAAAUAAUCCGAAAAAACGUCAGAAAUGAGUUUCCCGGCUGCUCUUCCAGGUUAUGAAACAGAUAUCAAAAAACGGAACUAAAACGUUUAAUCUAUCACUGAUAAUUUUAUAAUUUGGCAUUAAAAUGAACCUAGUUUUGAAAGACCAGAAAAAAGGAGCACCCAAAGGCAUAGAUUAAUUGUGGCUUUGAAUAGGCCUUUAAUGAUCUAAGUAUUUUUGGAUGCCUAAUAGCACAAUUAAGUGGCAGGAAAUGUCUGUUUGAAUGUUACCAAAUGUGUCAACAAUCAAUCGUAUGACGUCUUGACAGUAGGUCUGUUGCUCCUUAAUUAUCUUGGUCUUUUGGUUCGCUUCCAAUUUACGUUUUUUACUGGUGUACUUGAAAGGCAAAUGAUAAACAAAGUAAACUGAAAAUUGAACCAGUAUUAAAUAGUUACACUAAAAAUGUAAACACAAAUUUACAAAAGAAACAAAAGAAAGAUUAAUGACGUCAACAAAGUACUGUGGAAUAAGAAGACAUUUUAGUUAAGGGAAACAUGCUAAAUCAUCCAAGUGUCUUGACUUCUACACGCAACGUGUUAAUGGUCAUAAUUCGGUAAUGGCUGCGUACAGUCAAAGCUAAGUCUCUUGAUAUAUGACUGCCGUAUGUAGGAGUGCUGUCGAUGUGGGCCCAAUUUUCGCAAUUUCGUUUGUGCUCAUUUAAUUUAACAACUGGUAUAAGGUCUCUCAUUGAGUCACUUAUCCAUUUCAAACAAACAAAAUAUAAAAAUUAAAAUAAAUAGAUGAUUAAAUAAAUUAAAAAAGAACAGAACAGAUUACAGUUUAUUAUACAUCUAGAAUUACAUCUUGGCACACUUGUGUUAGCGCUGAAAAGGUUAACGUGGCUCAGACUUACCUACCUCCUACUUGGACACCCAUCCGUCCACCCAUCCGGAUUAUUCCUAACAUAACAAUUCAAGAUCAUUCUAGUUAUAAGAAUCCCGAGAAUCCGUCUCUAUUUUCUUUAUUCAAGAGCUCUUUUUGCAAUCAACUUAAACAAUGUUGGUAAAAUAACAUUAUUUUGUUCCUGGGAGAAUCAUCUGAUUUUUCUUUUUUCAAUUCUUGUGGGACGUGUGGAGAUACUUCACAAACUGACACAACGACACAAUUCCUUUUUAAAACUACCAAUAACUUGACCUUUACUUAUCUAGAAAUGUAACUCUUGGUGGGUUCCUGAAAUAAGCAUGAGGAGCUAUACUUAGUAUAACCUGCGAUCAGGCGGUUUUUCUUCCUUCUUUUUUUUUUUGGCCGUCGCUCUUCCCCCCAAAAAAGGAACUGCUGAUCGCAGAUCAUACUCAGCAUUUCCGUGCUAGUAUGUUUGUUAGACCCUCCUUUUGUAAGAGUGUCGGAUUUUGGUAACGAAGCUAACUGAAACUUUUCUUUUUUAUGGUUUGAGCACGAAAAGUUCUUCGCUACUUAUUCUUCAAGUUACCUGUUACAGAAAUGAUAGAAAACCGUUACGAAUGUUACCAGGAAACAUAAAAAAGGCCUUUGUGUACUUUUCCAUAUCGAAUUUCUAUACCAAAGAAAGAUACAUGCACGCCCUGGGAAACAUCUGGACUCGCGGGAAAUGUAUUUGCAAAAAGCGAGUGUAGAACCGUUAUAUAACUUUUAGUCUCAGUUUGGACGCAUUCUUGACAUGUUUUCUGAGACAAUUCCAGCCUCAACGUUUUAAUAAGAAAAGGUCCUCAGGAAAACUGGAGUGUAUUGACCUAGAGUGAAGUCAUAUUGGCUGGAUAUCUGCCAAAGGUUUGCUUCUUUUCGAUCAUGCAGCUGACAAUGAACCUACAAUGUAAAGGACGCUUAGCGAUAGGGUAAUUAGUUUCAGUGUUUCAUGUUAUUUUUUUGCUUUCUCUUUUACCUUAAUUACUAGCUGACGAUGUGGGCAUCAAAGUGCUGUUUAAAAGGCUGAGGGAGGAAAAUCUCAAAGACAUCUCUCAUUCUUCUAAGAACCUCGAAUACGCCCUAUCCAAGUAAGUCAUCAUAGUUUUCAUGUUUUUCCUUGUAUUAUUUUAUUAUGACACAUUUGAUAUUGUAUCAGAGUAGUCCGACUACGAAAAUUCUCCCACGUUAUCCUUUGACCCUUUCCUCCCACAUAAAAUGAUGGAGGUUUGACUGUGUUGGUUGUAACUUUUGAGUUCGAGUGACCAUUCAAAUGAAACCUCUUUUGUAUCACUUUGACAAGGUACUAUUAGUGGUUGUUUUUCUAGUAUUCAACAAAGUUUGAUGAAUUGUGACUUCGAAUACUGUUGUAGUGUUAAGCUAAAUUAGAGUUUUAAAUGCACCCUGACUGCCCCUGAAAAUGUCUAAAUCAAUUUUUGUUUUAGCAAUUCUUUCAUUGCCCAACGUCUUUGCAACGUUUUCAAGUUUAAGUCCACUAUCUUUAACAGUUUUAAAUCAAAUUUGGUGUGCCAUUACAAUCAUAUGACUUUGAUCAAGAUCAGACGACUAAAGGGGAGGUUUCCGUGGAUGGAUAUUGUCACUAAAUCUUAAGAACAAAUCUUGUUUGAUACUACCGAUUUAAGCUGUUUGUAGAAAGUUAUAGAGGCCAGAUUUACAAAAACAUCCUUAUCCCGAUAAACCUCCUUAUAACUAUUAAAAGAUGAUUGGCAUCAACAAGGGCCUCGCACUUUAAGACACGCUUCAAUUUUGCUUGCGCUUCCCUUGUUAAACUAAGCAAGGCUCUCGUGUUAGGCGUUUGCGUGCGCCAUUCUUGUUCAGAAUUUCAAGCAAUUAAGAGCGUAUGAGCAAGAUGAAUAUUGGCUGUGCAUACAAUAUGGUGAUAAAUGUUAAAGUUUCUGCCAUGCUGGCUUGCCAAGAGUGGCGUUACGUAACUGUUGCAAGAAGAAAUUACCUUCUGGUAAUGAAACUGAUAAGUAAAAAAUAGAUAAAUAAAAAAGCUUGACUAACAUUUUAAACCCUGGUUUUAAAACGAGUUUUAGCCGCAUGAUGCGUUUGUUGAAUUGGUUUGCCAUUUCAAGCGAAAUAAGUCACCCGACCUGCUGCCCCUCCCCCAUUCCAAACAAUUGGGUCAGUCUUGGGUCAAAUUGAUCAAGGCACAGAGACAACCCUUCGCUUAGGUAUGCAAAGCACAUAAAGCGGGUGUUUUCAAUCAAUUAAGUCUGUCUUUAAUUCUUUAGCUGUUACAGUUGACAGUUUAAAAGCGCAUUGCAUUUUAGCGUAGAUGCACUGUACAGUACCGCAAAUGAUCCCCAACCGCAAAUGAUCCCGAGACCGCAAAUGAUCCCCAAAAUGGACCGCAAAUGAUCCUCGACCGCAAGUGAUCCCCAAAGUCGACCGCAAAUGAUCCCGAAAGAAAAAUAGGAAUGGCUUAGACUCGAGUUAGCGGAUCGUCGUGGCAAUUUUAUUAUUAAUACAAAAAGUAAGAUUAAACACUAAAUUUCAGUUCUUAACUAAAUACGUAUAUUCAUGAAUAAAAACUAAAUGAAAAAAAUCAUUCAAGUGUAAAACGAAGUCGGUAGGCAACACAAGACUUUUAGCUCAUGCCAAAAUGCUGCUUGUUCCAAUGAAUUUUUUUCUCUGGCGGGUAGAUUAUACCUGAAGGAAAACGUUUUGACCGAGAAAAUGUGAUUUUUGCCGCUUAUUUCAUACUGAGAGGUCAUGACACGCAUUUUCUGCGGUUAUUGUGGUUUGUGGUCUGUAUGAUUUGCUGGAUUUGUCCUUUAAUGCAAGAGCAUUUCUUUGACCUCUUUUGAAAUGCAAUGCUUCUCAUUCCGGCUAAAUAAGGGUUUUAGGUUGUUUAAUUUUCUUUAAAGUGCCUCAUGGAUCCGAACAAUUAUAAGCGACUUUCUUUAAGUCCGUGAAUGUGACGGUUCCUACGAUGUUUUGUCACGCGAUAACUACCGCUUGCCUCGCUUUUGCGUUCCUCAUUACCAGUUUUAGAUUCCUGGUAACUGUCUACAGCAAAGGCAAAAAAUGGAUAUACAUAUAAGCGUCAAUAUGACUUUUCGCAACAUGUUCAUGAGCUGUAGGCAAGUUGCUCUUUCAAAAUAAACCGAAAACUGUGGACAUUGAUAAGUUCGGUGGCAUUUUGACGUGUGUUUAUUUCAAAUCAUGUCUUGUUUUUUAAAGGGCACUCCCAGGCCUGGGGCACUCAUAAGUUACGAACCAAUGUCCUGCUGUUUAUCACGUAAAAUUAACACUUCAGAGAAAAAUCAAAACUAAAUAUUCUGAAAAUUAAUUCGACGCGUCUAAAAGGAUCAGUAAAGUCAAUAAAGCUAUUGUUAUGUAGAGGGUGCCCGGCUUUGUAUUCCUCAGUAGUUCCUCAGUAGACAAGUUGAGCUUGACCGUUAAAAUAAUAGAGUUUUUUCUGCGUAACGUCCUGCCUGUCUUAAAUUUUCAGCGACGAAACAGUUCUUGAAAGAAAAUUGAAGCAAUUGACAAAGGAAGAAGUAUACGGUUGAUACCAUAUCCUUUUCAGAUUUAUUCUACUUUUUUUGUCGCCUUGUAUAAAUUGACCUGAGAUGUAGCGUCCUCCUUCCCUUUUUCUUUAGAAGGCGAGAGAAAAAGGUUCCUUUUUUUAUAAUCAGUCCUUUUUUGUAAUCAGUCCCAUAAAAUCCAUUCCAUUUCUCAAGUUUUCACGGGAUCAUUUACGGUCAACUUUGGGGAUCACUUGCGAUCGAGGAUCAUUUGCGGUCCAUUUUGGGGAUCAUUUGCGGUCUCGGGAUCAUUUGCGGUUGGGGAUCAUUCGCGGUACUGUACAGCACCAACCUUUGCCCCCCAGUGAAUUCAACAUUUUUCAUUCUGCCAAUGAGCAAAAUAACAAAAGACUAUUUUUCUGCGUGUUCUAGAAAAAUAAUGCACUUUUAAUCUGUAGUGAAUGCAAAAGCAGUUGGUUGUGGCCUCGAAAGUGCAUUUCAUUUUGAACGAAAAAAUCGUCAAUAAUCUUACAGGAAAAUUUUACCGCAACAACUUUAUUCAGGAGCUUUCAACAUCGAUAACAACGCUUGUGGUCCGCGGGUAGCGCGGGGGCGCUUCGAGGCGAUACGCCCAAGACCGCCAUCACUUUAAUCGUCAGCAUAAAAACAAUAAUACAAUACUAGAAGCAAUCUAGAUUGUAUUUUCAACUUACUUGACUUUGGUGGGUCAUAACUUGUAUCUAAAAAAAGUAAAGCGCGCGAUCUGAUUGGUCAAUAACCCAUGUUAUGACCCAUUUGGUCAUAAGUGAAUACUGACGAAAGCUGUUGCGAGCUCAAAGCUGAACGCAUCCCUUUAAGGGCAUAAUUUCGCUCGUCGCCAUUUGAUUACACAUAUUAAUAUUAAGAGAAAGUUCCCAAAAGGGUUAAACAGAUCUUAAAAAAGGUUUUACAAUCAAAAUUGAGACGGAGAACUAAUUAUUCAGCGAAAAGAUUUUUUUGAAAGAUAAUAUUUUUUUGCAAAGAAUGAAUUUUGGACGCCAUAGCGCUCGCAAAUGACAUUUCCCUGCUAUCUCUGAGCAAAAUCAAGAUUGCUAAGCACUCAAGAAGUUAGAUUUGCAUUCUGCUACGCCUCGAGCAACUCUUACGCUUCUCUCGUGCUUAGCAAUCUCCCGCAUGCAUCCGUAACUUGAUGGCUGCAAGCUGCACGUUUAUCAUUUCUUAAAGGGACUCACCAAUGCCAAGGUUUUUAACUUUUGAAGUGUGGAUGUUUGCAUAACUAAUACAACAUAAAACUUGAAUAUGUAAAACUACUAAUAGCCAUGCAUAUACAUACAAAAAAACAAGCCAGCAAAAAAAUAAAAUUAAGUUAAAAAUAAUACUUAAAAACUCUUAUUCUAAAAGCUGUCGGAUGGGGAAAUAUCAAAAUAAAAUGUAGCAAUAUAACGAGACGACGACACUUCGUCAAUUCCGAUAGAAUUCCGAUAAAAAUGGUGAUAGAUCAAGUCAUAGCGGGUACACAGAGUAUACGAAGCACAGUAAUUUAAGUCUCAUAGAUCGCCCAUAGUAUUGUAUUAUGAAAACAAUGCUUUGUUAGGUUCAAUCGUGCAUUUACAGGGUAGGAAAUCAUAGUGAACAGGGCGCUUUCCAUUCGGCUCAAAAUUCCGGAAAUGUUUGUUAGGAAUCAAAUAUAACGGACCAUUUCGGUACCGUUCGACCGAAAUAUUUGGGACCUGGCCUUUGAAGGUGGUUCAUGCACUUUGACCGAAAUGUCCCUCACCAUUUGACAACAAUUGUUGCCCCCUGUACCUCUCCUCUAUAUCCUGUUUACGAGUACAAUAACCAAACACGCGGUGGCUUGGGUCGGGUCUGUUCAACCGGAAUGUACCUUUCCGUUGGGAAUUUCCGAAAUUUCAAUACAAAUUUUUUGUUGAACGUAAAGCCCCCAAAAUCUCUGCAUUCCACAUCAAUACCUCAUCCAGGAGCCAAUACCUCAGUCGAGAGUUUAUUUGCAUGCCAAUGGCUGGUUUGCAGCAGCUAUUUUAUCAAAUGCUUCAUGUUUUUAGCAUCAAGAAUAAUCGUGCCACCAUAAGUUCGUCUUCGUUUACAACGGCUCCCAGAGAGGGACUCACACUGAGGGCUAAUGGGAUCAGCCUGGACUUCUCUGGAAACCUGCGUUUUAAAAAGAAAAUUGGCUGGUAUGUUUCUUAAUAGUAAUUUAUAGAUACCAAUUGAAACAUAUCCUCUUGUUACGCAUUGAAUAAGAAAGUGACAGUUUUUUUUAGUUGAUAACGUAAAGCCUUACGUUUUUGAAAGCCUCCCUUUUUGUUGCGGAAACUCUCGUUUCCAGCAAUAGGAUGUGCUUGAUGCUCUUUUAUUCAGGCGGUUUGAAAAAGUUUUGCACAUUUCCGAGCUACACUUGACAGAGUUCUCCUUUGCACAAGGUACGUAUAUGGUACGUACGUAUAUGGUAUAUGAACUCGCUUUCCAAGGAAUCAUCCGACUAAUUUCAUUCAUUUAUUUAUUCGUUAAUUAUUCAUUGUGGAGGCGUGUUUGGCCGAGCGGUUAACAACUCGAGCUGCGGAUCUAGAGGUCCGGGAUUCAAGCCUCGCCCGUCGCGUUGUUUCCUUAGACGUCUUUGUCUCUCUUCACCCGUUGAUUAGCAUCCCGUUAGACAAGGCAACUUUAAGGAAACAGGGAUACAAGCUCCAGCUGUUUGCCUUUCUCUUUCAUUAACCCAUUCACUUCCUUCCUUCCUUCCUUCCUUCAUUCAUUCAUUCACUAUUUACUUAUUUACUCAUCAUUUAUUUACUUAUUUAUUUACUGGAAAAAGAAACCAUCAGGCUUUCAUACAGGCUUCCCUCGCAUAUAUUUGCCAUUUAAUACUUGCAGACGUCCUGUACCCGGGAAGCUUUAACAUACUGAAAAGCUGUUUGUAGGCCUUGCAGUAAUGUAUAUAGUCUAGUCAAGUUUCAGGGAUACUGUCGUGCACUUUGUAUUUCGUGUUUUUAUACCAUCUCCUUUUUCGUACUCUUUUCAAAAUUAUAUUAUUAUUUUAUUUUUCUCUUGUUAGUUCAUAUAUCAUCGUCUUCUCAAAGUAAAUAUCCAUCAAGGCUAACUAUUUCCUGCAAUAACAUCACCCGCGCGGCACACUGUAAUAUUAAACCAAACUCACUUAAUGCCUCACUUUAUUCUUUAUUUUAGGUUUCAGAUCAAAGACAGCGUUAGAUUUUCGUUCGAAGCACGUGGAAUUAAUUUUAGACUGACAGUACGAAUUGGUAAGUCUGACUAACUAGGAUUGAAGGCGUUAAAAUUGACUGAGAGAAGGUAUACAUUAUUCGCUAUGUUUUUCCAUUUCAGGAGUUGACUCUGAUGGUCGACCCACCGUAUCCGCUCGAGCACGGGACUGUUCCUCGUCGGUUGAUUCGGUCCACGUUAAAUUCUCAGGAGGGUACAGGUAUGCUUUACACUGUGCGGACAUUUUUCUGUGGAAAACGGAAUCUUGUUUACGUUUACCCAGUUUCCUACGUUUUAACCUCUUUUUGCUUUUUUGCGGCUCAAAAUAGUUUGAGAAAAAACAAUAAAACAACCUUUUAGUCAGUCAUUAAAUCAGUGAGUCAAUCAGUCAAUCAUUCAGUCAAUCAGUCAAACAAUAAAUCAAUUAAUCAAUCCAUCUGUCAUUCAUUACUCGUUAUCUACGGCUAAGAAUUAAUCAACAUAAAACAUAAAAUGCUUCUCUCUUGGAAAGAAUUUAUAAUAAAUAUGCGUACUCUUUGUCGCGUUUUUUUUACGACAUGAAAAUUUGGAAAGAACUGAGUGACAAGGUUGCAAUUAUAAUUAUGAAUACUAUCCGGAAUACGCGACGGUAAAGAUGCUGUCUGCAGUUUAGCAGUUUAGCUGCAGUACCAAAGAACUGGAUCGCCGUAAUUGUUAACUUAGCCUUGGUUAUUUUGCACCUCAAUUUUUAUUCCUGCAUAGUCAACAAAAAUAAAUUUAACCUAAAUCGUGUUGUCUUUUCUAGUUGGUUAUACAACUUGUUCUCCAGUCAAAUAGAUAGGAAAGUGAAGGAUGAACUUAACAAACUGGUAAGAUCUUAUGAUCUAUUAAACAGGAAUGAGGAAUCACAAAAACUGGGAAUGAACAAACGCUUAUUCAAUGUUAUGUCCAAGAGACACUCAAAACUGACAAUAAUGAAAAUACUUACUCAACGAACCUAUGCAUGUGACAAACAUAUGGAUUGUUCUCUUUGAUUGGUAUUAGUAUUUUUACAGGGUAGGGAAACCGGUAAUAUUGGUAUUUAAAGGGAUUUUACUGAAAGGUUUUCGAAUUAUUAUGGCAUUUUAUAGCUCUAUCGCAUUCAAAUUUCCACUUCACUGAUUAUGAAUGAUUAAUUUUGUCGCCCACACAUUCUGCCCGAUGUAUUAUUUUCCAGUGAGUUAAUAUGUAGUUUCUAAAGAACUCUGUUUUUUUUUUCUGCCAAUAAGAUGUGCAAGAAAGCUAGAGAGGCAAUAAACAAUGACGGAGCCAAAUUUAUGGCAACUUUUCCAGGUAAUAUAGCAAAGGUGAUCUUGAACUGGGUUACCGUAAAUGAUCUAAUAGAGGAUGUUAGCAUCAACAACGAGUACGAGUACGAGAACGACUUCAAGCCGUACUCGUACUAGAAGACGUUUUCUCAGCUUUCUAUGUUAGCGAUGACACCCGACUUUCCCGGGUAAAUGCAAAUUUACUCUGUGUAGGAAAUAUCGCGUUCAGUUGCUUUUCCUCGACUUCAAAAGAUAAGGAAUGUUCAAGAUGAUAAAGAGAGGCUAGAAACGAAAAGAAACUACAUAAAACGAUCAGAAUUUACCUUUGAAAACCAGCUCUUCCCAGUCGUUCUACCCACCUCGAGUUUUUGGUGAGAACUCGUCGCAGUGCAACUUGACAGGACGACUUGAAAACGUGGAGAUGCGCAGAACGGAUGCGCAGUACGCAAAAUCGCUGAUCUCGUUCUAGAACUCGUACUCGUUGUCGAUGCUAACAUCCUCUAAUAGAUGCCCCAGUACAGUAAUCUUUAGGGAGUUAUUAUAACUCCAAAAAUGGAGUAAAAAGUUUAGGUACUGGAUGAUCCCUUUUAUGGGGUUACUUUAGCCUCUAAUUUAACUCCAAAUUUGGGGUCGUUUUUACUCUUGAAAAAGAGUUCUUUUAACUCGCAGCCUGGAGUUAAAUUAACUUCGAAAAUGGGGUUAUUUUUACUCCUUACAAGGGUUGUUUUCACUCUUUUUGGAAUUAAUUUUAUUCUGAAAGUGGAGUAACAGCUUUAGGUACAGGAUAACUCCUUUUUGGGGGUUAUUUUAACUCCUCAUGAAAACGAGUCCCUUAGACUCCUUUCUGGAGAUAAAAUAACUCCCCAAAAAGAUAACUCCACUGUAAGGAGUUAAUUUAACCCCACUAGUGGAGUUAUCAUAACUCCUUGAGAAUUACUGUGACCUCAAAUAAACGCCUCCUGCCUUAUAAACGCCGCCCCCCACCCCUGCGCUUUUAAAUUUGUGUUACAGACGUCCCUCUAACAAACGCCCCUUAUCCAAUAGACGCCUCUCAUGACGAUCGCUCUAAAAAUAUCUAGGAAAUGGCGAAAUAGAGCAAAAUCAUUAAAUUUAUUCAGCUUCUUGCUUCAUUAACAAUAGUUGCGCAUUUCGUCUCUUACAACAUCAAUUUCAAAGUAAGCUAGGAUUCUGACAUAGCAGUUGGGCUUAAAAGAAAGGAAGCGAUAAGUAUUUAACCUGUGAGAAAACGCGCUCGUGAGUCGAGCACUGCUACUCACGAAAUUUUUUAAAGUGUCGAAACGGCGUCGACUCUACUUUAUGCCCAAGAAACCACAACAGCUCAGCUGCGAAACUGUUCUUGUCCUCCUGAUCCAUGGUAAAUCUAAAUGAAGACAGAAUACUUUCUACGAUUAGAAAAAGGGAUUUUGCAGAAAAUUUAUAAAAUUUUUUGACUGUCGGGCAUUUAGUUUUUUUUACUUGUAAGACCCUUCCCGGCUGCUAGGUAAUAUAGCCACAGCGUUUUUAUUAUCCCUCUGUGGACAUAUAUAAUUACAAAAUGUAUGCGUCGGCAACAGUUUUAGUAAAACUUUAUUAUAAUCACAAAGCAAUUAGGUACAGGUAUAGGUAAAGCAAAUAGAUAUUUCCUCUGCCGAUAGAAAAAUAAUCAAGGCGGUGGAAGAAUAAAAUAAUGACUAAUUUAAGAUAUCAUACAAACCUAACUUAUCACAGUUCUAGCUGUCUGUUCAAGAAAUGGAAUGGAUUAGCAAAAAUAAUCAUGACUUCAAUUUUUUCUUAGUCCUUCAAAACGUAAGCAGUAUCGCACAGAUCGACUAUUCUGUCGUUAAAAGGCCAAAAUUCACUUCCAGAUUCAUGGAUUUACCUCUGAAGGUAAGUGGUAAUUCCUCCUUGGUUUCAGGGUAAACUUCGCCAAAACCUGAUGUCAGUUACGCAACAAAUUUUCCAACUUACAACCUCAUGUGUGUCGCGGGGUGGUACUCAAGGGAAGAUCGGGUAGAGAUGUGUCACCGAGACCCCAAACCCUUCCUUUACCCUGUUAUACACAAGAGAUCUUAAUUAUUUUAUCUCCGUGAUUCGUUUCGUAUUACAAAUCGAAUCGAGCAAUUUUUCAAAUUAACAUCAUGGAAUUAGAUUUUUUUAGAAAAGACAUUGGUACCACAAAUGAAGACCGCUCGUCAUCAGGCUUUAAUUAGCAAUUAAGAGUGGUUGUCAGAGAAAACCGGGCAAAAAGUUAAAAAUGUCAACCGAAGGGGGUCAACAGAAUAAGUUCAUACUAACAUCAUAGAUAGGUCUGGUGGAGUAAUGGACAAAUAUAAUAAACAUAGGCUCUUCACUGCUCUUGUAUUACAGAUACGAGAAUCACUUUAUUCGACCCCCUCGGACGCCAUUUUUAUAAGCAAAUUUUCACCAUUUUCUGAAACUCACAGAACCCUCAAAAUUUAACGAGCGAAGUUUAUUUUUCGCAUGCGACACAAUAUAUCACAGAACUACUUUCUAAAACCAUAAGAUUUGUUAAGCAGCCAAGGACAAGACUAAACUUUUCUUAUUUUAUCUGACCUAAACUCAGUGUCCGCAAACGAGCAAAAAAUCGGGCAUUUUUGAAUUGAUCUACAGCGCACAACUAAAACGACAGAACAACUCUGACAGCCAAAUUGCAGUCUACUAUCAUCUAUGUAACCAAAACACUAAUAAUCAUUUUGGGCCAUUGAAACAGGAAGAAAUUAGAAAACUCACAUUUGUUAUAGUUUCCAAGCUUUUUCUUGCAAACAGGCCGAUCCCUUCGUGUUUGUUUUAAGUCCUCUUCGUGAAUUUUCGUCCAUAUUUCGCUGUAAAGUAUGUUCAGCAGCUGGAGAAAAUAUCAAAAAGCUCGAAAUACUGCCUAGGUUACUUGUUCAAAGGGCAAAAAGUACUGAACAACAGGAUGAAACCAGAAAAUAACAAAGCGACGCCAUCUUGAAAAUUCAGCACUCAGGAGGGACUGGAACUAGUAGCUGCCUUGUCCUCAACGUGAUGAAUUACCAAAUAGGUAAAAAACAAAAACAAACAAACAAACCGGCUUAUCAGUUGCCUACUACAGUCCUAUUUCUUCUUCAAUCACUACUUUCAGUUAAAUUUAGCUUUUUUUGUGUUGUGUUGUCGGUCUUUUUUUUUGGGCGGAGUGAUAGGGUUUGGGGAAGAUGCAUGACCAACUGGCAUUACUUUAUUCAGUCUUCAUUUACUCUACAUUCUCUUCCUUUUGAGUUAUCCAGUAUAAGUCUUUCUUUGGAAUCUUUAUUGUAUCAUCUAUUUUUGCGUCAGUCUACAAUCACCGUCCAUGUCCGAAGGUCCCCUCAUCUCCUGUUCAUGAUUUCAUGAUGCACAGUGACAGUUUCAUAGUCCGGAAGGCUUCGCCCGAAGGGUACCUCUUUCAAGCAUCAGGUGUAACAAAGGGUAGGAAAAUCACAAGUUGAAUUAUUGAAUUACCGAUUUAUUCUCACGAAGCAUAUAUAUGAAAAGGGUGCAACUUUUCAAUGGAAGAUACACGAAAUGAUUACCUUUUCUCAAAAAUAGUAUAUAUAAGGAUAAGGGACUGGAACUCGGGGCGAAACCUCUCCGAACAAUGCUUUAUUGAGUAGCCUCCCACCCCCCUCCCCUUCUCACUAGGGCUUUCCACAAGUUGCUCGGCAACUUUUUUGCAAGGUCUAGUAUUUCGAGCAACUUUUUGCGUUUCAAGCAACUUUAUACAUAAUUGCUGAGCAAUUUCUCUAACUAGUUUUUUUUCCAAUUCUGAGAUAUCUGAGCCGCUCUUAGUGCUUAAAUUAGCCUUGCUUCCAUAUUGCACAGUGUUUUAGUAGACAAUUUAUGAAUUUCCUAUGAAAAAGGAGCCAGAUCCUCACCCCUUGGGGGCAGAUGAUGGGCGCAAGAUGCAGCCGGGCUGCUAGGUCAGAGGUUUUUUUGAACAAAAAGGCAAAAUGGGGGACUUCCAUUCACACUUGACUGACACGAGUGUCUGAGGUGAAUUAAGGUCAUUCAACAAUUUUAAUGGCUCAUACUAGAAUUUUUACAAGAUUAAUAUUAAUAUUGAUGUGUAGUCUUUACUCAUACAUGGUUUACGGGCUCCUGAUGGCGGACAGACUUAUCUAGCAACGCUAAUUACGUUGCGAAGUAGCACAAAAUUACGUUUUUAUACUCUACCAGGAGCCAUAUUUAUCUAAAUCGGGGUAGUAGACGGUAACUGGAUACCUUUUCCAGGGAUGGGGGUGACUUCAUCGAAAUAUCAGGGGCACCCAACGAGAAGAUAGUUCAAAACCACCUAAACAUAGCAUUGUUAAACGCAUUCUAGUAUUUAAACGGAAGAUAUAGGCAUAUUUUUAUCGCGUAGAAAUUUUUCAUCUGUUCGGAUUUCUUAGCUGAAAGUUUAGUGAUUCGAAAAUUAUAGGGAUCAAAACUUACCUUUUCGCAAAUUUCAGCCAGAAAAAAGGCUCCCGAAAAUUCUAGGUGACUUUUUAAGGGUAAAAAUCCGUUAAAAAUGGGCAAUUAUACCAUUUUUUUACAUGUUCGAAAAUCCUAGGAGAGGCAGGCAAGCAAGGAAUUUUACAAUGAAAUGUUCCGAAAAUUCUAAAUCGCAAAUCGUCUUCCGAACAGAUAUUUUCCGAAAAUUGUCGUUGGUUGCCCCUGAAAUAUAUAUCAUAGCCAUUAAAUGUGCUAAUUUUAGCACAGUUUGUGCCAUCUCGUAUGAUUCGCGCGCGCAUUUUUUGCAACAGCGCCGUUGAAAAGAUUAACAAACAAAAUGGCGUUGGAAAUUAUCUCCUUAGGAGACGAAUAAAUUCCAUUUCUGUCAUCAUUGCCUCCUCUGAAUUUAAGGCACGACCUUGACAAUUUCUCUAAAUGUGAGGACUGUUUAUGUUAAACAACGUAGUGAGAGUGUUUUUGACAAAUCCAGUGACGAAGAGAUGUAGGAGAUGUCAAUUCUUUCACAGCUACACCAGUAAACUAAAACGAACCUAGUGGCUGUAAACGUCCAGGUGUACAACUUCUAUCAAUGAUCAAUAUGAUGGAAAAGGUACCAACUCGAGUUAACACUCAGACCCCUUUUACAAAUUUUUGAACGGCCAAAAACUUGCAGGGAUCCGCCUUUUCUUUACAUGCGACCCGGCGGAACCGUGAAGUUUUUGAGCUGCAAACAGUACCGCAAUCUGUAAGAGAAUUUGCGCCUUCCCUCUAAACGUGGCGUUUAUAUUGUGUGGACUGUGCAAAGAGCAUUCUGAAAAAGAAGUGAACAGGAAAAACAAUGAGGGGAAGGGGUGCGGAGUGAGAGUCGUAAAAACCCCUUUAAUUGUACUUUUUAACAAAAGCUCCUUCCGGAUCCUUUCGGUAUACCGGGUUCUGGUAAACGCUAUGAAUGGUUUAUUUUGACAGCUCUUGUCAACAUUCGAAGGUCUAUUACCUUAUGGAAAUGCGAAGUGACAGCGAUGGGAUCAUCAGUUAAAAGGCUUACCUUCAAAAAAGUACUUCGUCCACUGGCUCUCUUGGCCGCUCCGCGGCCUAAAAUGCCCGCUCCGCAGAACUGAUUCAACUGCAUGUACUAUGUUUAUUUUAAUAAACAGUUGGUAAUAAAAAUUAUUACAAAUUUUACAGCAAGCAAUAUCCACUGCCCGCAGUUAGCCCGCACGCUUCGAAACUCGCGAGGUUGUUACAUAGCAAGUCUAGCUAGCUCGCAUGAGAGCGAAGUUAAGUGAUUCAUAAAGAGACAAAAUAGAUCUUUAAUAUUAUCUACAUCCACGGGACACCUCUAAAUGAGGAGGGAAUGAAGCAAUGCCAGUUAAUCACCAAUUAACCUGCGAUCAGGCGUUCUUCUAAAGCUAAAUUCAACUAAAAGAAGUAAUUGAAGAAGAAAUAAGACUGGAGUAGGUCGCUGAUAAGCUGGUUUGUUUGUUUUUUGUUUUUUAUCUUAUUGGUAAUCAGGCAUUGGCUCCUGGUAAUAGUUCGUAAUAGCCCACGUUCGAUAAAGAAAAAUUCUAACAUGAAUCCGAGGCUUUCUGGUUACAUUUCUAUAUUAGGUUUGGUUUUCUAUGUGCUCGUGUAAAAUUUGCAAUUUUUGUCCGUGUUAGAUAUCGAACGCAGCUACUAGUGCCAGUCCCUCCUGAGUGCGGAAUUUUCAAGAUGGCGUCGCUUUGUUAUUUUCUAGUUUCAUCCUAUCGUUCAGCACUUUUUACCCUUUGGACAAGUAACCUAGGCAGUAUUUCGAGCUUUUUGAUAUUUUCUCCAGCUGCUGAACAUACUUUACAGCGAAAUAUGGAUGAAAAUUCACGAAGAGGACUUAAAACAAACACGAAGGAAUCGGCCUGUUUGCAAGAAAAAGCUUGGAAACUAUAACAAAUGUGAGUUUUCUAAUUUCUUCCUGUUUCAAUGGCCCAAAAUGAUUAUUAGUGUUUUGGUUACAUAGAUGAUAGUAGACUGCAAUUUGGCUGUCAGAGUUGUUCUGUCGUUUUAGUUGUGCGCUGUAGAUCAAUUCAAAAAUGCCCGAUUUUUUGCUCGUUUGCAGACACUGAGUUUAGGUCAGAUAAAAUAAGAAAAUUUUAGUCUUGUCCGUGGGUGCUUAACAAAUCUUAUGGUUUUAGAAAGUAGUUCUGUGAUGUAUUGUGUCGCAUGCGAAAAAUAAACUUCGCUCGUUAAAUUUUGAGGGUUCUGUGAGUUUCAGAAAAUGGUGAAAAUUUGCUUAUAAAAAUGGCGUCCGAGGGGGUCGAAUAAAGUGAUUCUCGUAUCUGUAAUACAAGAGCAGUGAAGAGCCUAUGUUUAUUAUAUUUGUCCAUUACUCCACCAGACCUAUCUAUGAUGUUAGUAUGAACUUAUUCUGUUGACCCCCUUCCGUUGACAUUUUUAACAUUUUGCCCGGUUUUCUCCGACAACCACUCUUAAAGAAUGAGGCUAAGUAGGAUAUGAAGAAUUAAGCAGGUCGAGGAGGGUGAUAUUGUGGAUAACACCCUCCGAGGUGUGAAACGAGUGAAAUGUCCGCCUUUUUUUUUCACAACCAAAACAACUCAACCUCGUCCUCAAGUCUUCUCGGUAACGGUGCCUCAACCUGUAGCGGGCUGCAUUUUUGACGUCUUUCUUCAUUAAACACAAAAUUCUUCCAAAUUUGGUCAUCAGUAACUGGUUAUGGUGAAUUAUGCGUGUGCUUUUAGCCAGUCAGAAUUAGGAAAAUAUUUUGAAUGAAUAAUAAACUCUAUUAAAAAGACAACCCUGUGCAACACGCUAAAUAGUGGAGUUGUGUACCCCGAGUUUAAGACUCAUGCCCUGUUAAGCGGCACAUACCCAUUUACCCCAAAUUAAAGAGUCCCUCUUGGGAUGUGUAUGAGGCAGGGGAUCAUGAAUUCAGUCUUAGGAGUGACAACUAAAGGAUAUCCCUCUUUUUGGAGUUCUUCACAUGCUGCAUGCUUGUUUCCAUAUAAUCUUACUUUAGCCAGCGUUCUUGGUCAGUAUGGUGAUAACCAGCCCUGUUUGUACGUCCGGGUUCCGUGCAAAACAGGUCUAAUAAGCUACAUGACAUCGCUCUCCUUCUAGUUACCUUGCUGUUUCUGUUUUAUUGUUUUGUUAUCAUUUUGCCAUUUACAUUAAAUAUUUAUACAUAAUUUAGAAAGAUGCUACAAUGAAGCCCAUGGAAGCCAAUAAGGCUUUUGAAAGGACCACCUUUAAAAAUAUAUGACUUAGUUACUUAUUGCAAGUGUUUUACAGCAGAGUUAAACGAUUAAUGUGAAGUAAAAAUAGACAUGUUGUGUACCUUAGACAAAUCAAGCUUUAGGGAAUGGCCCCAAAAUACCCUGGCUACAGAAGUCUGUUCUCUAAAUACCUACGACUCGCGCUAUGUAAGGGAAUCUAAUAUAGUCAUGGAUUGUGGAUUCCGGGUUCCCGAUACCGGAUUACAGAUUCUUUGUCAGUGGAAUUUAGAUUCCGAAUUCCUUGGGCUGUAUUCCGUAUCCCAAAGCCCAGGGUUUCCGAUUCAACAAGUAAAAAUUUCUCGGAUUCAGGAUUUCACGAAAAAAUAAAUGCUCGUGUUAAAUUGUUUUCAACGUCUAAUGAAUUUUGGUGUCAAUAUAAUUUUUGAAUUUCAGGGAGAAUUCAAAGCAGUUGGAAAUCUUGAUUCCAGGUCUCCCUUCGUUCCUGCACCUCUACCUCCUCUUGAUGAAGUGGACAGGAUGAUUUAUAUAUGGCUCACUGACUACUUGUUCAACACAGCCAGUUUUGUUUACCACGAGCAGGGUGCUUUACGAACUAUUAUCAGGCCGAGUAACGUAAGGAACUUUAACCUUUGAUAAGAAGAGGUUCUGUUUUAUGCAUAAUUGCCGAUAACAAAAAGGCACAUCUGUUGCUUUUUAUUGUUAUAAACUUGUAAUAGUCAGAGGUCACAGAGUGCAACGCUUUCUUUCCAUUACUGUGCUUUGCGUAAGUUUCACGUGUCAGAUAUUCAAAGCACGCGUGAUCAGAGUACGGGUGAUAGAAGGUCCAAACACACGUGAUCAAAUAGCGUUUGGUGCUUUUCAUUCAUUUGUAAUGGAAGUACAAACGAAUGCUGGCUACAUACAUGCGACGCAUGCGUAAUAAGAACAUGGAGAAUAGGAUUGCGGGCUCCUUUUGUCGCCCGCAGAUAAAUUGUCCACCUGGAGAACACCUUAAUACUCAUGAUGGGAGCAAAUCACUUGUCUUUAUGUAGGGCGAAGAGGGUAGGAUCAUUGAUAGAUCAACCGCUCGAAGCAAAAAGGGGAAGCAGGGGGGGGGGGGGGGUCAAUCUCUAGACGAAACAAAGUAACAGACCUCAAGCGAUGAUUCUCCACUGCGGAUACUUGACGUGUUCGUUUACGAAUUCCUUGCAUGGUCACACUUAAUUUAUUUAAUAUAAAAUGUGUAGUGAUUAAAAACAAGUUGCAAGCGCAGAAAGGUUGUGUGUAGUAAAGUGAAGCUGACAGUUUGCGUUUUUGUUUUUUCUCUUUUAUCGUAGGUACCGAAUAAUAAGAGUCUUUCAUUAAACACGAGGACAUUUAAGACAUUUUUGUAUCAGGUUUGUGAUAUCCUUUUUACAAGGCGUAUGUCAGACAUCUUUAAGCUUAAGAUUUUGGCCCCAAGCUUACAUCAGGGCAAAAAAAGAACUCAGACGUUCCGGUUUUUAGUUUAAUUCCGGCUACGUAUGUACCUUAAGGGUCAAAACAGUUUGCCUAUUAUCUUCAUUUUAAAGGAACAUAGUAAUAGCAUCAUAUUUCUCAUCUAGGGGAGAUACCCGGGGACCCUGGGUCCCUUACGUUAUUUUCAGACUAAACUGAAGCCCACAGACCCGACAAAUUUUAUUCUCGAAGCCACCUCCCCCCCUCUCCCCUUGAAAAUCUGAAUCCACCAUUUCUAGACAGUCUACACUUGUCUACCGGUAAUUUGUUCUUUCUUGUACAUGGGAAAUGGAAACGGCUCAUCCAAAGGUGCCUGUUUAUUCUUUCUUUCUAGCUGUACAAUAAGUAUCCCAACCGCCCGGUAUUUGUCAAAGCGUACACAACCAAGCCUCCGGUUUUUGCAUCGAGUCGAAAUGGAACCAAUGUAACAGUCAAUGGAAAUGCGGAAAUCCAUGUCAUUGCUAAGAAUGGAGCCCCCAUAUAUGCCUUGACAAUUGGACUGGUAAGCUCUUUAGCCAUCAAUCCCUUGAAUGGGCAAAUGUUUUUAUAUUAAUAUAAAGAGGGAUCUGUCAUAUCAUCUAACUAUCAUUUAUUACAAGAAUGAAGACCGUUUUAAUGUCAAUGUCAGAUAUACCAGGAAUAAAAAGAAAUGUCUUUUUUGGUGGCUUGUAACUCAGAAAAAAAUGGAUUACCUUCGAAUUCAGUCAAAGUUAUGGUUGUUGUUGUUGUUUUUUGUUUCCGGCUAAUAGGUAUUUUUAACAGUAGACUAAUUCCUUAGCGAUUUGCUUGGGCUGAUUGACUAGUUUUUAGCAUUAGUAAGAGAACAGAACCAUAAAUUUUCAUUUCUUGUUUUACAUAUAUUUUAUAAGUAUACGUCUAUUUGUUUAGACUGAAAUCAAAAUUUAAGACUUCAAUAUUUAAUUUUUUUUUUUACAAAUAUGAUUUAGAUUUUAAGUUAAUUAAUGGAGGAUUACUGUAGAAGUUCCGUCACCAUUCAACUGUUGGAAUUUUCGGUUAGUUGCGUUAAUUUUCCUUAACGGUUUUGUUUCUUACUUUUGUUCCUGAAAGAGAGCUGUUCUUUCUGGAGCACUGGGUGUAAACCACGGCAACUUAACAUUCCACGCAAAGUCUUUCGAGUAGGUGCCAUCUUUUUAUGUUGACCCUGUACGUCUUAUCUGUCUGUUCAUAGUCUUUGGUUCUUUCAUGUAUAUAGAUUUAGCCAAGGCCAAAAGCGAAGCUCUUGUGGGAACUCAGCUUUUAAGAAAUGUCUUUCUCAAGUAAAGUUUUCUGAGCCUUUGAUUACUGGAAAACUAACAACUGGUCAGCUAAGAACGUUAAAAGAGACUUCACGUAAAUGGGUUGUACACCUGAGCCCGCGAUACAGUCAUGUGAUCAGCUAUUUUGACAGCUUUUAAUUCGCGCGCGCAGACGAUUUUGUCACGCAAAUUUGAUACUUAGCCAAAUUUUCUUAUCUAUGGUGCUCCGCUGCACGCGCUUCGUUCGCGCGAGAGCUCCGCUAAAAAUUGACAUGAGCUCUACAUAAACAGCUAUUUGGAGAAAGGUUGUCGGAAAAAAAUGUGGACGAGACGAUCCCGAAAGGUAAUAUGGGAUAUGAUCAAUACACUGUUCCUGGGGGCACUGUAGCUGCGAACCUACUUUCGUUGCUUUCCUUUUAGCACUCGCAAAUAUACAUCAAUGGCCUCUCGUGCCAUUCUUUCAAAUUUCUUUGAAGAAGAGUGAACUCAAAACCACCCACAAUAACUUUCGGAAUUGCAACGUGCACUUUUUCCGACCUUUCUCGAAAAAGCUGUAUACCUGAGAUCUGGGGCGGGGUGCGAGGUGGCGCUGGGUGGCUUUCUUUCAUGGGAGUGCUAGUUUUCGUUAACCAAAACGAUCUAAAGAAAUCAGAUAACCGUUAUAAAACAUCCUUGUAGGUGCAGAAAAGCACAAUCGCCAUACUGGCAAAAAAAGCGGGCAUUGUCAGAGAUCACACGAGGAGCUGUUGUGACGAAUCAGAAACGAAGAAGAAGGUCACUAACGUGUCCAAACACGGCCAGCAGGGACACUGGCAUUCCUGUUGAAAACAUUAAUGCAGUCAUGAUAGACUGCGAUCUUUGAAAUGACAUUUCCAAAAGUCAUCUCGGCUGCGGCCGAAAGAGAUGAGAAAUAAAAUUAGUUUUUUCUAAGAUAGCCCGCUAGUUAUAUUAAUAGAAUAAAAGGAAGAUGAAAUUAAAACCCAGAUAACACCCAAUUACUUUUACUUAAAUGUUGUGUUGCUGGGUCUAAUUCAGUUCCUAAUUCUUUCCCUAGCAUACAAGUGCACCUUGUUAAAUCUGCUAUUGGUGACAUCCGGGUUCGUAUUUCAUUCAAUUAGUGUGAUUUUUUUUUUCAUUGAUGAAAGAAGCAUAUGUGAACUUGACGUAUCCUCCUUUUCUCCACAGUAUAAUAUUGUCAUGCUUCAGAUGUUCCUUGAUCAGUUUAUAAAAUCUGCGCACUUUGUGGAUCAGUUGAACGGUUAGUUACAUCAGUUAUAGGAGCUGUGGCACGAAAUUCAUAAAAAUUCAAACAGUGGGAACAGGGGCGGAUCUAGGGGGAGGGUUCAACGGGUGCGUAUCCCCCCCCCGAGAUGACCUUCGGCUUUCUAAUACAACUGGUAUUCUGCAAGAAGAUAAAAUCUUUGUGGUUUAUUGGUGUUGAAGUAAAAGAUGAGACGAGGUUGAUAUGGUUGAUAUGUUGAAAGUCUAUUCUCAGUAUUUUCACAUUAUGUUAUUGCCUAACAACCGCUCAAAACAUUAAAAGAAGGGAUAAAUAACUUAGCCAAUGCAAAAGGAGGCACUGGUGGACAAACUUAAAGAUUGAAACGGAUUGGAAUCGUGGUUUUUUAAAACUUGUUGGCCUAACAGUUUUUCAAAGUUUAUUUUCAUUUUUGUUGUUUGUAACGUUUGAUAUAAAGCUUUGGAGACAUAUUUUUUGUUUGACACGAAGCGGUGAUUUUGUCACCACGAGAUAUGAUGUCAAAAGUACCAAAAUUUAAGCAAAAAAAUCAUUUUUUGUAAGCAAAACAAACUGUAGAAAGCACCAACUUGAAGAUAUUUGUACAAUUUUAAAAUAAUUUUAAAUUAUAGCGAAGGUAUAUUCAACUUUCAAACGCACCCACAUGAUGCCAAACCUGUCCUUUUUUCUCGGGUUGUGGGGAGGGGUCCUAUAAUGGACUAUACGGGGAGGCUCCUUCCAAAAGGGAUACUUUUUCAGGAUUCAGGUAUAAGAAAGGGUAGGGACUUCAAUAGAUGAAGUAUAUGAAGGGGUAGGGAGGGAAAUCUGUCAUUUCGGGCCGUGAAAAGGUCCAAAAAGGCUAACAGAUGCAUUUUAUGGCUGUGAAAAGGUGGAGAAAACGUUCUGUUUUUGUUAUUUAAUCAACAAUUAAUGAAUGAGGCUGAACAUCUUAUGAAGAAUUAUGGAGAUCGAUGAGGGUGUUAUCGGCCGAGGCGGAUAACACCCUCCAAGAUCUCCUUAACUCUUCUUAUCAUAAGAAAGCCGAAUUAAAUAAUUGUUUUAUUACUCAUUCAAAAUAAUUCCUAGUUUAAAAACAUAGCUAAAACAUACUUUCCUCCAUCGAUGUUAAGUUCAUCUUCGAUAGUGCACGUUUAGGGUUGUUCAGCUCCGCAAAUAUUCUCCAAAAAGUAGAUGUCGCCUUUCGAGUUGUCUUCUUGCUGUUCUUGCCAUGUUUUUAGCUAUUAUCUCGCCUAGUUCUUACUCUUGAAACAAGUGAAGUGUACGCCAUUUUUUUGUUUUCACAACCAAAACGACUCAACCUCGUCCCCAGUUGUUCUAGGUGAACGGUGCAUUAACCUGCUAGAAAGCUGCACUUUUGACGUCAUCGGUUCAUUAAACGCAAAAUUCUUUCAGUUUGGCCAUCAGUAGCUGGUUAUGGUGAAUUAUGCGUGUACUUUUAGCCAAUCAGAAUCGGAGAAAUAUUUUGAAUGGAUAAUAAUCAUAUUUAAAGACAGUGCAUUUACAGCAGUUAAAAGGGAUGAGAAUUUCUAAACUCACUAGGUAUGUGGAUGGGAUACAAUUUGUCAAUGGAAGGUAUACAAAAGGGGUACCUUUUUUGUCAAAAAUGGUAUAUAGAAGGGUAAGGGGUUGGACCUUGGGGCGGAGCCUCUCCGUAUAAACCUUUGUUGAGUACCAUCCAAGGGUCCUUUCAUUUAUUACCGUUGACAAUAUUCGUGACCCACACGGGCUGUUUAAAGAUCAUAUACACCGUUUCGAGUAUUCAUCCGCAACUGUCACUCUACUGAAUAACGCUGUACACUAUGGUACAAGAUAUACAUAGGCGAAGCAGGCCGAACCGAAAACUAGUCGACCGUUUUAGAUGUUGAAAGAAAUGAUAAAGACGCAUUCUGACCAUGGCCAGCUGUGGCUUGUCACUUUAAUCUUACCAAUCAUUCCAGCCAAAAUAGGGUCAAUCUGCGGCCAGGAAAAGCCGCUAAAAUUUAGGGCAAAUAUUAAUCUUUCAAAUCGGAACUCUUAAUCAACGACGCUUUUCAUUCUUGUUUCUCAUGUUUCCAUGAUCUCAUCAAUAGCAUAGUUCCAAAAUUCUAUAUAUAAACCACCGGCGAACGACCCACAAACCCUGGCCUGAUUCGCUCUGGGAAAGGGCUAGCGCUCGAAAGGUCAGCUUCUCAAUCCCGCUACGGUGGCCAACCUACUUUAUCAACUUAAUUGCAAUUAAAUUUUUGCGCCAGGUUAUUCACUGAAUUUUCAGUGAUAUCGUAGGUGGAGGCAAUUUUGAAUGACGUUAACAGGACUACAGCCCGCACGCGGUUAAGUCCUUAAAAUUCCGAAGAAUUAAUGGUAAAUUUAAUCCUUCCCAAAGAUGACUAAAGAUAGUUAUUUGGUUUGAGCUUUCUUCAGCAAUAUACAUGUACAUAAAGUAGCUUGUUUGCAUCGUUUAUUUUAUUUUAUUUUUUGCAGAGUAUGGAGGUAGGGGCUUCCCGUUACCGCUGCCGCCUCAUCUUUCUUGGGAGGACACAAGCCUCACUACCGGAGAGGUAACACCAAGUUUUCUCCUAAUCUUUGGUUAA